GAUUCGUAGUCUGGGUUUUGCAAACGGUGAGUGGAGUGCCUUGUCAUCAGUCCUUUAAGUUUUUGGAUGAUUUUCUUUGGAAUUCUUAUUCUAAGUGAGUAAUUUCUCAAGAAAAGAUCAUUUAAUAGCAUGUCUUUGUUUUUCGAUGGUGUUUAGUUGUGUUUGUGAUGUGUGCUUUCGUAUGACGAAAUUGUACCUUGUUCCGUGACUAGUGAUAUGACGCCAUUUUCUUCGUGAAUGCCAAUUAUCGAAGUUCUUCAAUAUUUUCUUUGUUUCUAUUUAACAUUACUGCAGCAAUCUACAAACGGAUUGCACCGAAGGAGCGAUUCAUGUGGUGUAACUAUUCAUUGUGAUGCCGUUGGAUGCUGACCUCAACUGCACAGACGUGGUGUCGCCUGGUUGUGAGCUGAAGGGCCUGCGCACUUGGAAAGACAUUUGUCUAGUACGAAACAAACUCUCCCAACAGCAGGGCCCUCCGCGUUCCUGACACAGAAAGAAGUAGCGAGACGGCAAGGAAAGCCACUGCCCGCACGUGCAUACCCGUGCGCACACGAGGAAAAGGAACCGACUAAAUUGCAACGUUGAACUUUGUGCUCAUUGUGCAGUUUUGUGUUAAGACAAUAAAGUGCAAUAUACUGUUGUGCAAUCGUACUUUUGUUGACUGCUCGGACAGUUUUGUUGUUGUGUUUAAACGUGAAAUUAUCGUACAAUUAUGGAGCGAGAAUCGAACCCAAUGGAGGCGCUCUGCCGCUCCGGAUGUGGCUUCUACGGAAACCCCUCCACUGACGGCCUCUGCUCAGUCUGCUUUAAGGAGGCAUUAAAGAAGAAGCAGCAGCCGCCGGCGAGCACGCCAUCACCCGUGGCGACGUCGUUCGUGCCCACGCCCACGCCAGCACCGGUGCCCGCGCCUACGCCCACGCCGCUUGCCGCAGCCGCGCCCACCGUGCCCAGCCUGCCCGUGCAGCCGCAGACACAUACAGACAAGUUAGAAGAGGAGAGCGGGGCGGGCACGAGCGGCGCGAGCACCGGCGCUUCGGACACUGACGCCGACGACAAGGACCCCAGCAAGGACAAGAAGAAAAAGAAUAGGUGCGCCGUUUGCCGCAAGAAGGUUGGACUUACAGGUUUCGAGUGCCGCUGCGGCGGUCUGUUCUGCGCGGUGCACCGGUACAGUGACAAGCACGAUUGCUCCUUUGACUACCGGGAGCUGGGCGCGCAGGAGAUCCGCCGCAACAAUCCCGUCGUCGUGUCUCAGAAGAUACACAAGAUUUGAGCCACUCCCACCCACUCCCUUUCCUUCUCCCUUUCCCUCUCCCUGUUCCACUCCCUCUCCCUCUCCCCUCCCCGACACAUACACGUUACGACCCAUUUACUCUAAAUAAAAUAUAGAUCGAGAAUGUGUUUCUUUUUGCGUUUCAUAUUAAACGACUGACGAAAUCGGACGCGCCCGGGUUUUAUCUUAUGUUCUAACAGAGACUAUUUUUCUGUGUAGUUUAUAGUUUUAGAGAUAGACAGAAACGCACACUCGAUCUAUGUGUUAGAUUUGUUUGUGAGAGUUUUGCUUUUGAAGGAGAUUGGGCGAUUGCUCGACCCGUUAUAAAGACCAUGAAGCUAAUACGUACGAAGUACUCUGCUUGAGAUUUCUCAGCCAUUUUCUGGUUUUAUGAUGAUUUUUUUAUUGGCAAUAUUAUUAAAUUACAGAGAAUUUAAAUAGAUAAUAUUAGUGUUGCAUUAUGCUAUAUAGAUUAGUCUCAAUAAAAGGCCAAUAUUAGUUAUUUUCUUUUGGAAAUAUCAAGUUUGGUAUUGACACAUUUCCCCCAUGGUCAAGUAAAAGGGUCUAUCCGAUGCGCCCCAUCUCCGUUUAUAUUAUAAAAAAAAAUUGUAGAUAAUGUUCGUUUUGGGUAGGCAUUUCUGGUUUAAUUUACUUGGAGAUAAUAUUUAGAGUUUGAAUAUGUCCAUUCACCUCCAUUGUAAAUAUUAGAUAUAAUUAAUUAUAGAAAACAAAUCCUAUAUAUUGUAAAAAAAUGAAAACUCCAAAAAAAGCUACAUUGUUACGAUUCCAACGGGGAGCAUGCUAUGCUUGUACAGUCCUCAUAACAAUUGUUAGCUGACAUGGACCCCACGGCUGCAGCACUCGGACCCCACUCACUCUGCGGGCACAUUGAGGAACCUCGAACCUCGAACAUGGUGUCCGACCGAUACUUCACAAAAACACACAAAUCUUACUUUCGGUCUGUACAAAUGCAUACAUUUUAUUAUACUUUUGUAUAGAUUUAACAUUUAAGUUUGUAUUAAUUUUAUCUAGAUAUGUCGUAAAUUGAUAGUUGUUUGCUCUUAUACUUUUUUUUUUCUUUAGUAGUUUAACGAGUUAUGUCAUACAAUAAAAAUUUAGAAAAUCUAAUAUUAUAAAUAUUAAACCACUUAAUAAUUUGCGGUGUUUUCAAUGUUUAUAAAUGAAUGAUCCUUUAUAAAGUAAGUUUAAUCGAAUGUAAUAAUUGUUAGGUCGGACACUGGUGUAGGCGCGAUCCGUUAGCCGACCGUUUGGGGGACGUAAGCACUGUAACUUGGUUUGGGAAGUUAUCGCUUUCAUGUUUGUCAACAUUCAGAGUAAGAAUUGUGAAAUAGGAGCCGAUGAGGUGCCACUAACGAUUCCGUUACCUAUUCGGAACAUUAAUUAUAAAUUUUUAUUGGUAUUCGUGUAAUGCUAUUUAGCAUUUCUUUGCUACUCACAGAUUCCUCGAUUUAAAAAAUGUAAUGAAAAUGAAAUGUUGAAAAGGCAUCGUGUAAUUUAUAAUAUAUAAACUUGUAUAUAAUUCUUUAUUGAUAAAAUUGUUUGCAUAAAUUCUCGAACACCAAAUCACUGUGUGCUAUUUACGUGUUCCGGAUGUUAUCGCCGAUUGGGAAUGUCACAUUGGGAUGAUCUAUGCAUCGAUGUCACAUGUAAAUUGAACAAAAACCUCGAUGAUUGUACAUAUUGUUACAAAUUUAAAAGAAAAACUUGAUUGAAGGCUUUGAAGAAAAAGACAUGGUUAAUGUUUUAUAUUAAUCGCAUAUACGUUGUAUCGAUGUCGAUGCGUCGUGCCGUGUCGUACGCGGUGAUAGCGCGGCGAUUGCGCGGCUAAGCAGCGACGCCGACGAUCAUCGGUCAUCCCUAAGAAAUUGAUGGGAGAGAUCACUUUGGUACCGCCCUCCGUUCCGCUGUGUGAAAUUCUAUGUAAGCAUAUGGAUAGUUAUACGUUUAUAAGUAGUCGACACUUUAUAUUAUUACACAUUAUAUAAGUAGGAAAGAAUUAUUUAGCUUUUUUUUCUUUUUAAUCACAAUAUUAUUCAAAAUUGUAAGUUUUAUUGUAAACUGGUUGGUUUAACGAAGCCGAGGCGUGAGGCGCGAGGCGUGGUCGCAGCGUGCGCAACGUCCGCGCAGGACAGACAAGCUGAUCGGUUGGACUUAAUUAUUUAAUGACUUUUGUUGUAUAUUUUGUUAGGUCAUUGAUUAAUUUUGGUCUUUUUCUUAAAUAUAAUCAGAUAAAGAUGAUGUUGGUAAUGAAUGAUUUUUUUUUCUUCUAUCUUGCUGUUUUAAUUUAGUUAUUCUUCUAUUAAAGUCAUUAAAUUUCCAGGAACAUG